CUGAAAGAGCGUAUAAGAGCGGGUGCGAAUGGCAAAGGGCACGACCAAGGGCAAGAACUUCACCACGUCUGAAGUCAUAAGAAUGCUGAGCAUCGUUGAAGAUAUAUUAACUUUCGGCUCUGAGCAGUGGCAGAACGUUGCCUCUCAGUUCAAUGCAAACAUACCUACCGGGCGGACUGAACGAGAUGGGGAUAUCCUAAAGCGUAAGUUCCAGAAGCUCGUGCAGGUUCCAAAGCCCUCAGGUAAUUGUUUAUGUCCCGAUGAGGUACAGCGGGCAAAGCGUCUUCAGUAUGCGAUAGAAUCACCUAUUGCAGUGAUUGAUCUCCACGAUGAGAAUCCUGACACAUUUAGCAAUGACAAUGUGAGCAACAAUACUGGGACUCGAGAGAGCACACUCGAUGACGACAGUCUCGAGGGAGUUAGGAUGCUUUGCGGCACUGCCGCUUCCGGUUCUGAUAACUCGCCGGCCCCCAAUACCAACGACCCAGAUCAACAUGCAUUCUGCUCCCUCAACCCCGCUGUAAGCAACAGCUCGGGCGUGGUUAGAGCCCUCGGAGCUAGCAAUUCUAUCCCAAGCACUAGGAAAAAGACCCUACGCGUCACCCGACAAUAUCUCCAUCAGCCAAAUCUCACGUCGCCGUAUCAAGUUGAAUCGAGUGAUUGAAAACGUGGAAAGUGAUCUGCGUUCCGACAACUGCUCCGCAGACCAGGCAAGCCCCAUGGUAGCUAUGUUGAUGACAAUGGAAGAGCGCCACGAAGCACGAGAGACGCAAUUCCGGAGGGAGCGCGAAAUUUACCAGCGUCAGCACGAGCAAGAAACCAGCAGAUGAUGAUGUUGCUUUUAGCGCGUCUAGUAGGUGGGAGCGUUGAUUUGCCGCCCCAGCAACGACGAUGAAAACAAACCAGCCGCUUAAGCUGUUGUAUAGCUCAGUCAGAAAGUGAUCGCAGCUUUUGGAUAUUAAAAAAAAUUAUUUGCAUUUA